AGAGACACUAUUCCCAUUCCCACCGGAGGUGCCAAGUCCCAGCUGGGCAGCUGGAUGAGUGAGGAAGACUUUCAGAAAGCCAGAGAGGACCGCUUUCCUGGCUGCAUGGCAGGACGCACUAUGUAUGUGAUCCCCUUCAGUAUGGGCCCUGUGAACUCUUCUCUUGCCAAGUUUGGUGUUCAGGUGACAGAUUCUCCAUAUGUGGUGGCUAGCAUGGGCAUCAUGACACGCAUGGGGACUCAUGUGCUGGAAAAACUAGCCGAGGGUGCGGAGUUUGUGCGCUGCCAGCACUCUUUGGGCCGACCUUUACCACUCAAAG